AUGGCAUGCCGUGGCAGCGAUGGUCACGAUGGCCUUUGGGGCGCCGUGGCAGGCAGGGCUCGCACGAGCAUCGGCGAGGACGUCGGAGCGCGAGGCAUGAUGCACGGAGGCCUUGAGUUUGUUUCGUCUGCUGGCCUGCCCCGGGGUGGACGUGGACAGAGCCUCGCUGUGGCUUUCCGCGCUCUGCCAUUGCAUUGCGCAUGCACACACGCCGCGCCCGUCCCUCGCUGGCCCCGCCACGCUGCACGGAACAGACAGGACAGACCGCGCAGAACAGAUAUUGCCCGUCUGCCGCGCUCUCGCCGGCGGUCGUGUGCUGCGUGUUUCCCUCUGCGUCGCUCUCAUGCCUGUCCUGCCCGCCCAGACCACCACGCCCGCCGGAGCACCUGCACGCUUCGCCGCCGACCCCUUCGCUGGCGCGGCCCAGAAUCCUCACCACCAAACACAACGGCGUCCCACGACCCUCCCGCUGCUGCAGCGCUGCCAGCCCGCUGGUCCCUAACCAACCGCCUCUUCGGCCUCCGCUCGCUGCACGCGUCGCCGCCCCGCCCGCCCGCCUCGCGCCUCUGGAACCCCGUCAACUCGUCCCCCCGGGCCCUCGCAGUGCAGCAGCAGCAGCAGCAGCAGCACCCGCCCACCCGCGACGAGCCAAACCUGCCCGUGCAACGCCAGCCCGACACGCGCGACGAGUAUCCGCUGCUGACGCUGCCGGAGCAGCGCCUGAGCCGCCAGAGCCCUGCGCCGUCCUCCCUCGCCGUCCAACGUUCCACGGGCCCCGACAGCAGUCGCAGUCGCACCAGCAUCGCCCUGCCGCGUGACCGCAGGAGCCUGCGCAUCGACUCGCAGCCACAGUCGCCCAUCAUGGCCCUGGAGCACGACCAAGCCCCUGCAGACGCACCCCAGGCCGCCAUUCCCGGCGGCCGCCCCGGCGACUUGGAGGCUGGCGCGCCCAUGUCCAAGCAGCCCACCCGCGCCUCGCUGCCCUCGCGCCCCAAUUCCAUGCAUUCCCACGAGCACGGCGACCAAGACGACGCCUCCGAGUUUCCCUGGGGCCCUUCGCACCCGUGCUUCCCCCACUCGAACCCACACGUGCCGCUCAACUCGCCCCUGUACGACACUACCCGCAUCAUCCGGAUAAAGCGCGACUGGAUGGUCAAGGGCGACCUGGCUCCCACCUACGCUAACCUCUAUCCUGAAAUCCUGGACCCGCUCAUCUCAGAGGAGGAUUUCAGGAAAAUUGUCCAGCGCAUCAACGACAGUCUGGUGGAAGCAUUCGACCCCUUCACCUUCAGGGCGUGGCUGGACGCCGUCAUGGGAGUGGCUACCUUUUGGCUGUGGGACGACGCGGGGCUUACCAAGGUCAAGCGGAAGCUGGCCGAGCUCGAGGACUGGAUUGAGAAUUGGAACAAAAACUUCGGGGAGAAUGAGGGUGUGAGGAUCAUUCCUCUGCGGCGGACGGGAUACCUGACACUUGACAUUCAAAUCCCAGACCCUCACCUUGGGCCCGACAACAGUACCGCCUCGCGCCCAAAUACCCACGGCGACAGCUUCCAGAACAGCGCCCAACCAGGGCAAACCUUCCCCACCACGCCCACCUUCCAGGUGCACGCCUCCUCCUCUCCUAUCAUCGCCGAGAGCUAACACCUUCGGGGCGUUUUCUCCAACAUCAUUCUCUUUUCCUUUUACCAUCCGUCCCUUGCGAUCAUCGUUUGGCGUCCCGGCAUUCUGUUUCCCGUCGUUUCAAUCGUAGUCCAGUACCCAGGGAGAAGAGCAGUGCACAGCAUGGCAACUCUCACGUUUAGACACCGCUGCCGCGAGGCAUGGCAUAAUCGCUUAUUUCAUUUUGUUAGAUUACGGAGAGGGGAAGUGUGCGUUUGAUUGUCAGAUACCCAAUACGUUGCUUUAGCAUAUCAUACUUGCAUACAGCAUCUCUACGUAUAAUACAAGCGGCGGCCGGCUGAGGCUGGCUGCAGUAUCUUCAG